AUGGCCGCGCAGAUAGUAGAAUUCGAUAGGAUUGCGUUGAUUCCUCUCUCUGUAGCCUCACUCUGCUCAUGCCGCUCUCGGGCUAACGUGCGCCGUCUGGAAUUAGGCGCCCAGCUGAGGUCCCGCAAACUGAAGUUCAAAUUGGAAGUGAGUGAUAAAGGGGGAGUAGGGCAAUUGAGAGUUCCUGCCGGUGUCCUGUUGAGACACGGGCGACGGUUGAUCACGGCCGUCGCUAGGGCCGAGCAACCGGAUAGAAUCGACGAUGGCGGCAUAACCAAGGAGGAGGUUAAACGAGGUACGCAGCUUCCUGACGAGGGCGAAGUAGAUUCAGAACACCGUAAAAGUGCAAGUCAGUUAAGGAAAAGGGUAAUUUUUGGACUGUGUAUUGGGAUUUCGGUUGGAGGAGUUGUGUUGACUGGAGGGUGGGUUUUCACGGUGGCCCUUGCUGCAGCUGUAUUUGUUGGUUCAAGGGAGUAUUUUGAGCUUGUAAGAAGUCGAGGAAUUGCAUCUGGAAUGACGCCUCCUCCUCGAUACGUGUCACGAGCUUGUUCUGCUAUCUGUGCUUUCAUGCCUUUACUCACCCUAUACUAUGGUAACAUUGAUGUUCCGGUGACAUCUGCAGCCUUUUUUGUUGCUAUGGCCCUCCUUCUGCAGAGAGGAAAUCCACGUUUUGCUCAGCUUAGCAGUACCAUGUUUGGACUGUUCUACUGUGGCUACCUUCCUUGUUUUUGGGUUAAGCUACGUUGUGGUUUAGCUGUUCCAGCACUGAAUACCAGAUGGGUAGCGUCUUGGCCUCUUCUUCUCGGUGGCCAUACCAUGUGGACGGUGGGUCUUGUGGCCACCUUGAUCUCAUUUAGCAGUAUCAUUGCAGCUGAUACAUUUGCCUUUAUUGGUGGAAAGGCUUUUGGCAGGACACCUCUUACUAUAGUAAGCCCGAAAAAAACAUGGGAAGGAGCUCUUGCUGGGUUAGGUGGAUGUAUUGCUGUUUCUGUCUUAUUGGCCAAAAUAAUGAGCUGGCCUACAUCCAUCCACAGUGCUAUAGCGUAUGGGAUUUUGAACUUCUUCGGGUCACUUUUUGGCGACCUCACCGAGUCCAUGAUCAAGCGAGAUGCUGGCGUCAAGGAUUCAGGGUCACUCAUUCCUGGGCAUGGCGGGAUACUAGACAGGGUGGACAGCUAUAUAUUUACAGGAGCACUGGCUCACUCUUUCGUGAAAACAUUUUUACCACUCUAUGGAGUUUGA